AUGCAGGCCAAGUACAGCAGCACGAGGGACAUGCUGGAUGCUGAUGGGGACACCACGAUGAGCCUGCAUUCUCGAGCCUCUACUGCAACCCAGCGGCCAGAGCCUAGCCACACAGAGCACCGGCGUCCCUCUUCUGCUUGGCGUCCAGUGGCCCUGGUCCUGCUGACUCUGUGUUUGGUGCUGCUGAUUAGCUUGGCAGCUCUGGGGCUUGUGUUUUUUCAGUUCUACCAGCUCUCCAACACUCAGCAAGAAAACAUUUCUCAAAAGGAAGAAAGGCUGGGGAAUCUCUCCCGACAGCUGCAGUCUCUCCAAACUCAGAAAAGGAAGCUUGCAGAGACUCUGCAUCACGUGGCUGAAAAACUCUGUCGUGAGCUCUAUAACAAAACUGGAGAACACAGAUGCAGCCCUUGCCCAGAAAAAUGGAAGUGGCAUGGGGACAGAUGCUACCAGUUCUAUAAAGAAAGCAAAAGUUGGCAGGGUUGUGAAUAUUUCUGCAUUGCUGAGAACUCGACCAUGCUGAAGAUUAAUACACAGGAAGUACUGGAGUUUGCCAUGCCUCAGAGCUACUCUGAGUUUUUCUACUCUUAUUGGACAGGGCUAUCCCGCAACGGCAAUGGCAAGGCCUGGCUGUGGAUGGACGGAGCCCCUUACUCCCAUGAACUGUUUGAGAUUAUAAUAGAUUUCACCAGCCUAAGAAGUAGGGACUGUGUGACCAUCCUCAAUGGAAAGGCUUUCUCCAAGGACUGCAAGGAGUUGAGGCGAUGCGCAUGUGAAAGAGCUGCGGCCACGGUAAAGCUGCAGAGGCUCCAUGAGCCUCUCUGA